UUUUGACAGUAUCUGUUACUUUAACAUUUAUUCCUAUGUGUUAACUUUAUUAUUUAAUUGAAUGCAAAUAUGUAUAUAAUAGCAGAAUGAAGUUAAUGUUUUUAAUAAGUUCAAUAAAGUUGAACUUUAAUAAGUUCAUUAAGUUUCAUAAGUUUAUAAGUUUAAUAAAUUACAAAUAAUUUUAGAAUUUUUUUUUUUUUUAAAGAUUUUACUUAUUUGUUUGAGAGAGAGAGAUUGAGAGAGAGAGCACAUGAGAGGGGGGAGGGUCAGAGGGAGGAGCAGACUCCCCGCAGAGCAGGGAGCCCGAUGCGCGACUCGAUCCUGGGACUCCAGGAUCAUGACCUGAGCCGAAGGCAGUCGCCUAACCAACUGAGCCACCCAGGCGCCCCUAAUUUUAGAAUUUUUAACAUUUGUCAGUUUCAGAUUUUUUUUUCCCCUGUGACUAUUAUGGUAUAGUGGAAAAAAUCGUGAAGUGGAAUCUCAUGACCUGGCUUUGCCACUUUCUGGUUAUGUGACAUUUGGCAGGGUGUUUAGCCUUUCUGUACCUAAGUCUGCUCAUAUGUAAAAUGAACACAUUGAAGUGGAUUAUCUCUGUGAUACUUUGGACCCCUGAUCUCUGAUUUUCUUAGGAAAAAAUUAUAGCCUUAAUUUCAUAGACCUUAAGUUAAAAUCUUUAUGAUUAACUCCUCAUUGUUAUUUUUUAUCUUAGUACUUUGUUCUUUUAAAGGACCACUUUGCUCAAUUGAUGUGCUCUACUAAUACCUUUUAAUAUCAUAAGUCGGGAACUUUAGCUCAUGUUUGUUUAGAUGUUUCUAAAAAUGAAAACCCAAACUACUACCUAUAAAAACCCAGUCCUAUAAUAUGACCAGAAUAAGUUGGUAAGGCUCAAGUCAUAUGUUUCUUAAAUUAUUUUUCUUGCUCUCUUAUCCAGUAUGACUUUGGGUUCUAACCAAAAAUUUACUUCAGAACAUUUCAAACUAAUAUUAAUAAUAUUUAUAGUUAAAUAAGAGUGAAAAUGCUAUUUACCAGAUUCAGUUGCUUUAAACUAAAGAAAGUUUGUGAAUUCUGGUAACAAGUUUAUGUUAAUAUGAUGAAAGAAAAGUCAUGGCUUCGGAAAUUUCAAUUACAGGAAAGGUUCUUCAUUUAAAUCUUAGGUUCUUUUGUUUCCUGAGUACUGUUUUAGGGUGGUGUUACAUUUUCCUAGUAUUAUCUUUUCUCCGGUUCAUACUCUCCUGUUUCCUUCGGAUACUUGAGUAUGGGGUAGGAUUUCUUACCUAAAGUCAUGUCACAAAUAUCAAGAGUGAGGUGUAAUCAUGUUUUUCCAGAAAAAAAUAUUUCCGUCCUCUUUGGCUACCACUUCUCUGACACUGCCAGCAACAUUAUGACAAAAUGUGGCAGUGCCUUCAUUGCCUCCACAUCUGUGUACCAUUUCUAAUGCCAUUUUUGCUCUAGUUCUGAUAGGUGUCUUGAUUUCAGGUGGGGAGAGUUACAGGGAGUGCUUCUACCAAGAGUAUGAGUAUAUAGCCACUGAUGUUACUUCUGGCUUUGCCUUUGUGAUAUGGUCUAUCAGAUAGUUGGUAAAAUCUAACAAGUGUAAGCAUUUAUUUAUUUAUUUUUUAAAGAUUUAUUUACUCAUUUGAGAGAGAGCCCGAGAGUGAGUGGGGGGAGGGGCAGAAGGAGAGGGAGAGAGAGAGAGAAUCUCAGACUCCAGGCUCAGGGUAGAGCCCGAAGUGGGGCUCCAUCUCAGACCCUGAGAUCACGACCUGAGCUGAAAUCAAGAGUCGGACGUUUAACUGACUGAGCCACCCAGGCGCCCCUCAAGUAAGCAUUUAAAACAAAAUAAAGGAGGAGCUAUGCCGCCAACCUCCGUUGCCACCGCCGUCGCCACCCGCGUUGCAGCCGUGCCGCCCUACACCGUUGUCUACUUUCCGGUUCGAGGGCGCUGCGAAGCCAUGCGCAUGCUGCUGGCUGACCAGGGCCAGAGCUGGAAGGAGGAGGUGGUGACCAAGGAGAGCUGGCUGCAGGGCCCGCUCAAGGCCUCCUGUCUGUAUGGGCAGCUCCCCAAGUUCCAGGACAGAGACCUCACCCUGUACCAGUCCAAUGCCAUCCUGCGACACCUGGGCCGCCCCCUUGGGCUGUCCGGGAAGGACCAUCGGGAGGCAGCCCUACUGGAUAUGGUGAACGAUGGUGUGGAGGACCUUCGCUGCAAAUACGUCAUGCUCCUCUACACUAACUACGAGGCAGGGAAGGAGGAGUACUUGAAGGCAAUACCAGGGUACCUGAAGCCUUUUGAGAUGCUGUUGUCCCAGAACGAGGGGGGCCAGGCCUUCAUCGGGGGCAACCAGAUCUCCUUCGCCGACUACAACCUGCUGGAUCUGCUGCUGAUUGAUCAGGUCCUGGACCCCAGCUGCCUGGACUCCUUGCCCCUGCUCUCGGCCUAUGUGUCGCGCCUCAGCAUCUGGCCCAAGCUCAAGGCCUUCCUGGCCUCCCCCUGAGCACGUGAACUGCCCCAUCAAUGGCAGCCGGAAACAGUGAAAGCUUGUGGCAACCCCCGUGGGAAGCGGGGGCAAACUUCCUUCCUUUCUCCAGGACCAAUAAAAUUGCUAAGCGAGAAAAAAAAUAAAUAAAAUAAAACAAAAUAAAGGUAUGUAGUUAAGGAGAAAGAGAAGCUAGAGGAUAAAACUCAAUAUCCCUAAAUCUUUUAUUUGGGAUAUGAGUUCAGCUACAUGUGACAUGGGUGAAACAAGAUGGUUUGCUUCUCUUUCAUGUAAAAAUCUGUGUGACUGUGUAGUGAAGUUGUCAGGGGCCCAGGCACCUGCUAUGGUUCAAGUACUCCUAAAGUAUCGUAUGGCAUAAGAAAGCUCACCACCAUAUCCACAUUCCAUCCAGUUAUUUAAAAAAGUGAGAGGAGAAAAGGGAGAGCAAGCCCCUUUGCUUUUAGUGUUUGUACGCCUCUCCACUUACAUUCUUUUGGCUAGAAUAAAGUCCUAUGACCAGAUCUAGGUACAAGGGAGGCUGAGAAAUGUAUUGUUUAAUCUGAACAGCUAGCUAUAUGUCCGGGUAAAAAGUUCGUUAAUAGGGAAGAAAGAGAGAAUGAAUACUGGGAAACAGUUUCAGGACUGCCACACUAAAGUGCUACGUAAAUAUUUUAUUCUUCCUGUGUUUGUGUGUGAUAUUGAAGUUUUAUGAAUGUGCAUAUCAUUUGCAAUUUCAUUUUUACUUACAGAGAGUGAGAAAAAUGGAAUUUCCCAUACUAUUUCUGUAUCUUCCUGUUACAAAUAUACAAAAUCUAGUUAGGGUUUAAAGAGUGAUAGGAUCACUAUGAGAAUCUAAGUCUUCUCACUCAAUACACUGAGGUCUCAUUUUCAUUAUGGUAGGCUUAUCAUGUGUCCCAUGUAAUUCACAAGGCUG